AUGGCCGAGGCGGAGCGACAAGCUGAGGCCGAACGGAACGCGGCCCAGCAGCGAGCGCGCCGGCAGAGGGAGGCGGUACGGGAGGCCGAGGCCGCUCGCCAGCGGGAGCGCGCGGACGACGACCGGGUGCGACAGCUCAACGCCGAGAGGCAGCGCGCGUUCCGAGCCGCACAGGAGGAGGAGGCCAGGCGGGCGGAGUUGGAGGCCAACGCUGAGCGCCUCCGCCAGCAGCGAGCGGCGCAAGAUGAAGAGGCAAGGCGGGCGGAGUUGGAGGCCAACGCUGAGCGCCUCCGCCUGCAGCGAGCGGCGCAAGAUGAAGAGGCCAGGCGGGCAGAGUUGGAGGCCAACGCUGAGCGCCUCCGCCUGCAGCGCGAGGCGCAUGAGGAGGAAGCGACGCAGGCCGAGCGUGAGGCCACCGCGGCGCGCGUCCGUCAACAUCGCGAGGAACAGGACGAGGACGCCAGGCACGCUCAGCGUGCUGAAGACGCCCGGCGCCAUCAGCAGCAGCGCGCUGCCGCCCGUGCGAGGCCAGCCUCGCUUGCGGCCCGCCGGCCGGCGGACGUUUUGUCCGGCGAGCAGGUGGUGGAGGCCGAUGAUGUCGGUGCGAUGGUGAAAGUGUGUGCGUCGUGCGGAGCCCUGCGGUGGGCGGGUGAGCGCGCCACGUUCUGCUGUGCAGGCGGCAAGGUCCGCCUUGACCCGCUCCCGGCCCCGCCGCCAGUCUUACGCCGCCUUUGGACUGAUGACACCUUAGAGGCGCGCACCUUCCGGAAGUACGUCCGGCACCUCAACUCAGCGCUGGCCCUAUCGUCUUUGUCCGUGCGUGAGGUGCCGCCGCCUGCAGGCACCGGCGGGUACGCACCGUGUGUGGUGGUGCAGGGGCGGCUGUACCACCGACUUGGGCCGCUGGAAGUCCCUGAAGACCGGCCACCCUCCUUCGCCCAGAUAUACAUAAGCGACCCGCUGGCCGAAGAUCCGGAGGCUGAAGCGGCCAUUCGACUCGGUCAUGUGCGCCUGCCGGCAGCGACCUCUGCCGCCGUGCAGCACCGGCUGCUGGACCUGCUGGGACAGCUUCAGGCCAUGCUGCGCCAAGUCAACCCCUGGGUGCACGAUUUCAUCAUGGCUGCCGAGGUCCUGGCACAGGAGGUGGAACACCGGCAGCUGAUCAUCAGCGUUGCAGCCCGACCCGCCGGCGAGCACGCGCGCCGCUACAACGCCGCCGAGGGACUGCGCGAGGUGGCGGUCCUCAUGGGAGAGGAGCCCGGACAGCACGACCUGGUACUGCGCCGCCGAGCUGAUGGCGGGACCGGCGUGCUGCAGACCAUCGAUGAGAGCCACCGAGCGUGUGACCCACUCCAUUUCGUCCUCCUGUUUCCUCUGGGGACUACAGGGUGGCACCCGGCGAUUGCUCAGGCGCCGCAGCCCGGCAGGGAGCGGCAGCGAAUGGUGACAACGCUCCAGUUUUACGCGUACCGGCUCCAGAUCAGGCCCCACCAGGACGACAGCCUCCACCGCGCCGGUCGCCUGUUUCAAGAGUUUGUCUGUAUGGCCUACGCCAAGGUCGAGGCCAUCCGGCUGAAGUACAUCUCCACUCACCAGCGCGAGAUCCGGGCGGACCUCUACCAGAGCGUCCGUGACGCCGUGGCGGCUGACGCGGAGCUCGGCCAGCAGGAGCAGCCCGAGGAGGGACGUGAGCAGGCUGGUGUACCGGUCGUCGGCAGACGAGUCGUUCUGCCGGCUACUUUCAUCGGUGGACCCCGCCAUAUGAGGCAACGUUACAUGGACGCCAUGGCCAUCGUGAGGGCCAAGGGGAAGCCGACCCUCUUCAUUACCAUCACGUGUAAUCCGAAGUGGCCGGAGAUCGCAAACGCCCUGUUGCCCGGACAGAAGCCCGAGGAUCGACCCGACUUGGUGGCGCGAGUGUUCCACCUCAAGCUCCGCCGCAUCAUCGGGGACCUGACCAAGCAGGCCGUCUUCGGCAAGCCGAGCGCCUUCAUGUGGGUCAUCGAGUUUCAGAAGCGCGGCCUGCCUCACUGUCAUCUCCUGCUCAUCCUGCAGCCGGAGGACCGGCCUCGGACCGGCGCCGAUGCGGACACGAUCGUCUCGGCGGAGCUGCCGGACCCCACCGAAUCGCCGCAGUCGGCCCGUCUGCAGCAGAUUGUCCUCACCAGCAUGGUUCACAACGAGUGCGGCGCUGCUCGGCCGACCGCCACCUGCAUGAAAGACGGUCAGUGCUCCAAACGGUUCCCGAAACCGCUCUCCCACGAGACCAUCUGGCAGGAGGACCGCACGUACCCCCAGUACCGGAGGCGCGGCCCCGAGGACGGCGGCCAGCAGGCGGAGCACAAUGGGAGGAUGGUGACGAACCAGUGGGUCGUGCCCUACAAUCCGCUCCUCAGCCUUCGCUACGAGUGUCACAUCAACGUGGAGGUGUGCUCCUCUGUGGACGGAGUUAAGUACAUUUUUAUGUACAUUUACAAGGGCUCCGACCGGCAGAUGGUCCGCGCAGAUCAGCUGAUCGAGGCCGGUCAGGACGAGGUGGCAGCCUUCCGAGACCUCCGCUCCAUUGGUGCGAGCGAAGCAUGCUGGCGGCUGUUCAGCUUCGAGAUGAGCGACCGGUCACCAGCGGUGCUGGCGCUACAGGUUCAUCUCGAAGACCAUCAGCUGAUCUUCUUCCAGCCUGGGGAGGAGCGGCAGGCAGUGGCUGGGGAGCCGCGCCACACGCAGCUGACUGCCUGGAUGACCUACAACCGGGCGUCGGCCGGCGAGGACCCCGAGUGCCUCCGGGUGCUCUACCCGGACUUCCCCCAGAAGUACCGCUGGGACGCCGGCCAGAAGCGGUGGCACCGGCGCCGCAACAUGCAGGCGGCGCCCACCAUCGGCCGGGUGGUGAGUCUCACACCCAGGCACGGGGAUGUAUUCUACCUCCGGGUAUUGCUGCAUCACGUCCCCGGCGCCACGACAUUCGCCGAUCUGCGCACGGUGGACGGCCAGGUGUGCGACACACACCAAGAGGCGUGUCGGCGGCGUGGCCUGCUCCAGGACGACCAGGAGUGGGCGGAGACGCUGGCUGAGGCCGUCCGCACCCAGCGCCCCGGCCAGCUCAGGCAGCUGUUUGUGGUGGUGCUGCUAUUUUGCGCGCCGGCCGAUCCCGCAGCCCUCCUCCACCGGUUCCAGGCAGCAAUGGGAGAAGACUUCGCCCGCCGCCACCCAGAGCUGCCGCCGGAGACGGUGACGGGACUGGUGCUACUGCGCAUCAGCGACUCCCUCCAGCGGGCCGGCAAGACGCUGGAGGACUUCGGCCUGCCGCCCGUGCCAGCUGAACACCAAGCAGCGGCCGCCGCCUUGGAGGGGGCCGAGGAGCUGCGGCGCCUGCCUCCCAUUAUACGGGAGGAGGUCGACUUCGACCGAGCCGACCUUCAGCACACCGUCGACCAGCGGCUGCCAGGCCUACUGCCGGAUCAGCGCCAGGCGGUGGACACGGUGCUGGCCGCGGUCGACGGCCAGGAGCCGCUCGCCCUAUUCUUGGACGCGCCAGGUGGCACUGGCAAGACAUUUACUUUCAAUCUGCUCAUCUCUGCGGUGCGAGCCAAGGGCCUGGUGGCACUUGCCGUGGCGUUCAGCGGUAUCGCCGCUACACUGCUGGACAGCGGGAGGACUUUUCACAGCCGUUUUAAAGCUCCUCUGCGACCGGACGACACCGCCAUCUUUAACAUCCCCGCCCAGAGCGAGCUCGCCCAGCUGAUCCGGUUAGCGCGCCUCAUCGUGAUGGAUGAGGCUCCGAUGGCGCACCGGCACCACAUCGAGGGCCUCGACCGGACGCUGCGCGACCUGACGGGGUCCGAGCAGCUGUUCGGCGGCAAGGUGGUGGUGCUGGGCGGCGACUUCCGGCAGGUUCUGCCUGUCGUCCGGCACGCCAACCAGGCAGGCAUCGUGGACGCCAGUCUCCGUCGCUCGCCGCUGUGGCGCCACUUCAGAGUGCACCGGCUGAGGGAAAACAUGCGCGCCAGGCUGGCGCAGGAGGAGAACCAACAGGCCGAGCUGGAGGAGUUCUCCACCUGGCUGCUGCAGCUCGGCAACGGCGAGCUGCCCACAGACGCCGAGGGACGGGUCACCCUGCCGCCGGCGCUGGUGCUGGAAGCCGAGUUGCCGGCCGUCAUCGACUGGACCUUCGGCAACCUGACCGACGCCGACAGCAUGGCGUCCCGCGCCGUGCUGGCGCCCACUAACAGCACCGUCGACUCGGUGAACAGUUAUGUCACCGACAUCUUCCCGGGCCAGGCCGUGGAGUGCCUCAGCGCAGACGACACCGUCGGGGAGGAGCAGGAGCCGGUACCCCAGGAGUACCUCAACGGGCUGUGUGUGCCGGGCCUCCCGCCUCAUCACCUGCUUUUGAAGCCCGGCAUGCCGGUCAUCCUGCUCCGAAACAUCGACCCGGCCAGGGGACUGUGUAACGGCACCCGGCUCCUGGUGGUGGCCGUCCACGGCGGCCGGCUCCUGGAGGCGACCGUGGCCUGCGGCAGCGCGGCCGGUCGCCGGGUUCUCAUCCCCCGCCUGACGCUGCAGCCGCCGGACGACGCCUUCCCGUUCGAGUGGCGGCGGCGCCAGUUCCCGGUGCGGCCCGCCUUUGCGCUCACAAUCAACAAAGCGCAAGGUCAGACGCUCCGGCGGGUGGCCGUCCUUCUGCGAGAGCCCGUGUUCGGCCACGGACAGCUCUAUGUUGCCGCGUCCAGGGUCGGCCGCUGGCGGGACCUGCGCUUCGUCCUGCCGCCGGGCAGCGGUGGACGGACCGCCAACGUCGUCUACCGGGACGUGCUGUGA